GUGGAUCAUUUGGACAAAAACGGUCAGUGCGCUCUGGUCCACGCUGCCCUCAGAGGACACUUGGAGGUGGUGAAAUUCUUGAUCCAAUGCGACUGGACCAUGGCUGGACAACAGCAGGGAGUGUUCAAGAAGAGCCACGCCAUCCAGCAAGCGCUGAUCGCGGCGGCCAGCAUGGGUUAUACACAGAUUGUCUCCUACCUGCUCGAUCUUCCAGAAAAAGACGAAGAGGAGGUGGAGCGAGCACAAAUCAACAGCUUUGACAGCCUUUGGGGAGAGACAGCUCUGACGGCGGCGGCUGGACGCGGGAAGCUGGACGUCUGCCGGCUCCUCCUGGAGCAGGGAGCGGCGGUGGCACAGCCCAACCGCCGCGGGGUCGUUCCGCUCUUCAGCGCUGUCAGGCAGGGCCACUGGCAGAUCGUCGAUCUCUUACUGACGCACGGCGCUGAUGUGAACAUGGCAGACAAGCAGGGGAGGACGCCGCUGAUGAUGGCUGCAUCCGAGGGACACCUGGGCACCGUGGAGUUCCUGCUCGCGCAAGGUGCCUCCAUCUCUCUGAUGGACAAGGAGGGUUUGACAGCCCUCAGCUGGGCUUGUCUGAAGGGACAUCUCUCCGUGGUGCGCUCUUUGGUGGAGAACGGCGCCGCCACCGACCACGCGGAUAAAAACGGGCGCACUCCGCUGGACCUGGCAGCGUUUUACGGCGAUGCAGAGGUGGUCCAGUUCCUGGUGGACCACGGGGCCAUGAUUGAGCACGUCGACUACAGCGGGAUGCGGCCCCUCGACAGGGCGGUGGGAUGCCGCAACACCUCGGUCGUCGUCACUCUCCUGAAGAAAGGAGCCAAAAUAGGUUGUCAGACGUUACCGAGUCGCCCACGAGGUCCAGCAACAUGGGCGAUGGCAACCUCCAAACCAGACAUCAUGAUCAUCCUGUUGAGCAAGCUGAUGGAGGAAGGAGACAUGUUUUAUAAGAAAGGUAAAGUGAAAGAGGCUGCCCAGCGCUACCAGUAUGCUCUGAAAAAAUUCCCCAGGGAAGGGUUUGGAGAAGACCUGAAAACCUUCCGUGAGCUGAAGGUGUCGCUCCUUCUCAACCUCUCGCGGUGCCGGAGGAAAAUGAACGAUUUUGGAAUGGCGGAGGAAUUUGCUACUAAAGCACUGGAGCUGAAACCGAAAUCUUAUGAAGCUUACUAUGCAAGAGCAAGGGCCAAACGCAGCAGCAGGCAGUUUUCAGCAGCCCUGGAGGACCUGAACGAGGCCAUCAAGCUGUGUCCCAACAACCGUGAGAUCCAGCGGCUGCUGAUGCGGGUGGAAGAGGAGUGCAGGCAGGUGCAGCUUUCGCCCCCGCCCCCACUCCCGGUGGAGCCUGAGCCUGAAGCGCAGCACGAAGAGCUCUAUUCCGUGCAAGAUAUCUUUGAGGAGGAAUACCUUGAGCAGGAUGUAGAAAACGUGUCCAUUGGCUUGCAGACAGAGUCCAGGCCAAACCAAGGGCUGCCCAUCAUCCAGAGCCCGCCCCCGUCCCCAGCUCACAGGGAUUCAGCCUAUAUUUCUGGCUCACCUCUUGGCUCUCAUCAGGUCUUUGAUUUCAGGUCCAAUAGCUCCGUGGGUUCACCAACCAGGCAAGGGUACCAGUCCACGUCUCCUGCUCUGUCUCCGACGCACCCCAAGGCCCAGAUCGUGAGGAGCAACCAGCCCAGCUCAGCCGUCCAUUCGAGUACUGUAAUCCCAACCGGCGCUUACAGCCAGGUUGCCCACUCGAUGGCCAGCAAGUACCAGUCGGCGUCGGGGGAAAUGGGGGUUAGCCAGAGCAGGUUGGUCUACCAGGGCUCCAUCGGCGGCAUCGUUGGUGACAGCAGGCCGGUGCAGCACGUUCAGGCGAGCCUCAGCGCGGGAGCCAUCUGUCAGCACGGAGGGCUGGCGAAAGAAGACCUUCCGCAGAGACCGUCCUCAGCGUACAGGGGAGGGAUGAGAUACAGCCAGACACCUCAGAUCGGGCGAAGCCAGUCCGCUUCCUACUAUCCUGUGUGUCACUCAAAGCUUGACCUGGAGCGUUCUUCCCUCCCCGCCAACCAGCUGGGCUCUCCAGAUGUGUCUCAUCUCAUAAGAAGACCCAUCACAGUUAACCCCAGCGAAAUCAAGCCUCACCCGCCGACUCCAAGGCCCCUGCUCCACUCUCAGAGCGUCGGCCUCCGCUUCUCUCCUUCCAGCAAUAGCAUCUCCUCCACCUCCAACCUGACUCCCAACUUCCGCCCCUCUGCUUCGAUUCAGCAGAUGGAGAUUCCUCUCAAGCCAGCUUACGACAGAUCGUGCGAUGAACUUUCUCCAGUCUCUCCCACGCAGGGGGGUUACCCCAGCGAGCCAGCCCGAUCCCGGACCACGCCGUUCAUGGGAAUCAUAGAUAAAACCGCUCGGACUCAGCAGUACCCCCACCUCCAUCAGCAGAACCGGACCUGGGCUGUGUCGUCAGUGGACAGUGUCAUUAGUCCUACAUCUCCUGGCAAUCUCCCCCAGCCGGAAUCAUUUAGCCCGCCUUCUUCAAUCAGCAACAUUGCCUUUUAUAACAAAACCAACAAUGCACAGAAUGGCCAUUUGCUAGAGGAAGACUAUUACAGCCCCCAUGGGAUGCUGGCCAAUGGGUCCCGGGGAGACCUCCUGGAGAGAGUCACCCAAGCCUCCUCGUACCCCGACGUCAAGGUGGCAAGGACGCUGCCUGUGGCGCAGGCCUACCAGGACAACCUCUACAGGCAGCUCUCCAGGGACUCCAGGCAAGGGCAGACAUCCCCAAUCAAACCAAAGAGACCAUUUGUGGAGUCUAAUGUGUAAAAGACGCUUGUUGGAGUAAGACCCUCAUGUUUUCAGCACACACUUCCAAGCUUGAUUUCCAUGCAUAUUAUUAUUCUUAUGAUUAUUAUUAUUGUUUUUAUUUCUCUUUGGUAGCUACAUGACCAAGUUUCUCCAGUACUUUGUGUGGUGGUCAGACAGCCAUGCACGUGCUCCAGCCCUUUCGUUCCCCAGCUGACCGUGAAGCCAACAUCAGCCGAGCCAGUAUCGUUUGCCCAAUUCCAGCCAAGUUCCCAACCAGGAUAUCUUAGUACGUGGCGCGGGGUGGUCCAGAAAUAGCCCCUACGCAGCGGGAGGUAACCAGCUCUUUUUCAAGAGACAAUCGCGUUCGAUUUCAAUGGGUUUCUUUUGUCUCGACGAGCU